AUGAAGUCGAACGAAGCGAGCCCAUCAAUCGCCCUUCCUCUGCUCGCGCUCUCCUCGUUCUUCUUCUCUCUCGCCGUCUCCGAUCCUCGAAUCACCGAAGCGCGCCUCAUCUGCCAGAACUCCACUUGGAUUGUCCCUGGAAAUGUCGUCUCCAUCGGCAUCGCCAUCAUGAGCAAGUUCUCGUACAGCUUCGCUGCCCAGGGCUGGGGCAAGUACUCCCUCGCCUCGCCGCUGCCAGCAGUGUACGGCCUCGCCCAGUGCCAUGGGGACUUGACUGAGACCGAGUGCCGCCUCUGCUUUACCGAGAGCUGGCCCCGGAUUGCCCGCUGCCUCCCCAACUUUGGUCGGCUCUACCUUGACGGCUGCUUCCUCCGUUACGGCAGUUACGACUUCUACAACGAGACCGUCGAUCCAACGCACGACAUGCACAAGUGUAGUUCCAAUUUGACAGUCCCGGCGGAGAUCGUGGCCGAGUUCUCCGAUAGGGUGGACCGGGUCCUGAGGAAUGUCUCGGCCAGUGCAGUGCGGAACAAGGGCUUCGCGGUGGCUGGGGAGGACGGAAUUGGAGGAGUCGCCGGGGCAUAUGCUUUGGCACAGUGUUGGAGCACGCUUGAUGCCGGCGCUUGCAGAGUCUGUUUGGAGAAUGCGACUUCGAUGGCGAGAAGCUGUGCACCUGGAGAAGAAGCGCGGGCCAUGAACGUGGGAUGCUUCCUCCGUUACUCGACCACAAAGUUCUACGACGUCCCCAGUAGCAAGUUCUAUAUCGUCCCCGGUAGCGGAGGGUUCCGCAUCACCAUAGCAAUAAUCUCAUCGACUACUUGCAGCGACUUCACUUGUUCUCAUUGGUGCAUACAUUGGAUACAAAAAGAGAAGGCCACCAACUUCUUUGAUGACUCGAGGAAGCUAGGCCGGGGCGGCGGUUCCGUGUACAAGGGGAUUUUACCCGACGGGAAGGUCGUCGCGGUUAAGCGGUUGGUGUUCAACACAUGCCAAUGGGCAGAUGAAUUCUUCAAUGAGGUGAACCUGAGUGGGAUCCAACACAAGAACCUCAUGAGGAUUUUGGGAUGCAGCAUCGAAGGCCCAGAAAGCCUUCUCGUCUACGAAUAUCUUCCUAAAAGAAGUCUUGAUCUAGUUCUUUUUGUCAACGAUGCGACCCCCGUCCUAACUUGGGAGGAGAGGCUGCACAUCAUCAUAGGAACAGCUGAGGGCCUCGCAUAUCUUCAUGGAGGUUGUGGAGUGAAAAUCAUCCAUCGGGACAUAAAAACCAGCAACAUCCUCCUUGAUGAAAAUCUCACAGCGAAAAUCUCAGAUUUCGGGCUUGCCCGAUGCAUUGCUAUGGAUAAGUCUCAUCUUAGUACAGGAAUCGCCGGCACACUUGGUUACAUGGCACCUGAAUAUUUAAUGAGGGGACAGCUAACGGAGAAAGCUGAUGUUUAUGCUUUUGGGGUGCUGGUUCUUGAAAUCUUGAGUGGUAGGAAGAAUAGUGUGUACACACGGGGGUCGAGCUCGGUAUUACAGUCGGUAUGGAAGCAUUACAAGUCAAAUAAUUUGGUUGCAUGCAUUGAUCCGGCCUUACAAGGUAAAUUCCCCAUCCUGGAGGUGUCGAAUGUGCUCCAAAUCAGCCUCCUAUGCACUCAAGCCUGCAUGGAAUUGCGACCGCCCAUGUCUGGAGUCGUCGAGAUGCUCCACGACAAAAAUCGUGUAGUCCCCCAACCGAGCCAACCCCCGUUCGUCAACGCUAGCAUGCUGUUUGACAAAUCUAGCAGCAAAAGCUCUACAUGA